UAUACCUUAAUGUUUGGCUUAUCGUACGUUAAUUUAAAAUAAUGAGACCACAUAGUAUAUCACGCAACGAUAAGAAACCACAUUAAAUGUAUUUUGUGGUUCACUCGAACUAUUUUAAAAUGUUGCUAUUGAACGGUUCAAAACUUCCAUCAGUUGGAUUUGGAAGCAACACUGGUGCUCCACCAGAGAAAGGUGAAGAACUGGAAAAAGUAAUUGAUUCGGCAAUCCAAACGGGUUAUAGGCAUAUAGACACGGCCUUCUUUUACCGUAAUGAAAAAAUAAUAGGGAACACACUCCAGAAAUGGUUCAAAUCUGGAAAACUGGAAAGAGAAGAAACAUUCAUUACUACCAAACUCCCUAUUUUUGGUGUACAUCCCGCAAGAGUUGAUUACUUUAUCAAACAAUCUCUGUCUAAUCUUCAGAUGGAUUGUAUCGACUUAUACUUAAUCCACUUUCCAGUAGGUUGUAAAUUUCAAGAAGGUGCCAUGUUCGCACGUGACGAGAAUGGCGACAUAUUGAUGGAGGGGCGAACUGAUCAUUUAGCAAUAUGGAAGAAAAUGGAAGAACACGUCAAUUUGGGCCACAUUAGAUACAUAGGUUUGUCAAAUUAUAAUAUCUCCCAAAUUUCAACAUUGAUAAAAUCAGCUAUAAUUAAACCUGCAUGUUUACAAGUGGAAAUUCACCCUCAUUUACAACAGCGCGAUCUUGUGGAGUUUUGUCACAAAAAUGAAAUUACGGUUGUUGGAUUUUCACCUUUGGGAGCAGCAGACUACAAUUUAAGAAUGAAAACAUACUUACCGGAAUACCAAGACCAACAACUUCCGAAUUUGCUAGGAAAUCAGGUUAUACAGAGUAUUGCAAAAAAACACUCGAAGAGUGUGGCUCAAGUCAUACUGAGAUUUUUGAUUCAAAGUGGCGUGGUUCCUAUUCCAAAAAGUAGGAAUUCGCAAAGAAUUAAAGAAAAUUUUAACAUUUUUGAUUUUAUGUUGGAUGAACAUGAUACAGCAGCAUUGCAGGAUCUAGAAGUUGGAGAAGACGCAAGAAUUAGCAACUUUAAAGGUUUAAUAAGAAAAAUUGAAAAUCACCCAGAUUACCCCUUUUAGAAGAAAAUGUUUCUUAAUACCAUGUUUUAACCACUGUGUGUCAGUUAGCUUUAUUGUAAAUACCGCUGUUUGAAAAGUGUUCGUAAUACUAAUUCCACUCUGUAUUAUUAUAUUAUAAAUACCACACUAGUUCGACCAUUGUUUUGAUGUGGUAUUCUGGUGAUGGUUGUAACCUAGUAAUUUAUUCAGUCAAUAAUAUUAGUACAUUAAGGUUCAGAACUGUUGCUGUUUAAUAAAGUUUAUUGGAAUUCUUUGUAUAAACCUGAAAGAAGAACGUGUUUGUUGGCAAUAAUCUACUACAGUAAUUAAUAAUUAACAUAAAUACUAGUGUACUAGGUUUAUCUUAGUGUCAAGCUAAAAUAAGAUAACAAUUACCACAUCAUGUGAUGAUAAGAAAACACAGUAAGUGAAUAGACAUUACAUUAUAAUUUAUUCUCAUUCG